AUGCCCAAACCUCUCGUCUCCCACAUCUACACAGCCGACCCCUCCGCCCACGUCUUCAACAACAAACUCUACAUCUACCCCAGCCACGACCGCAAAACAACAAUCACCUUCAACGACAAUGGCGACCAAUACGACAUGGCCGACUACCACGUCCUCUCCAUGGACACAAUCACCAGCCCCGUAACCGAUCACGGCGUUGUCCUCCGAGACAAAGACAUUCCUUGGGUCUCAAAGCAACUCUGGGCCCCGGAUGCCGCAACGAAGAAUAACAAGUUCUACCUAUUCUUUCCGGCCCGAGACCACAAAGGAAUAUUCCGUAUUGGCGUAGCUGUCUCUCAAUCCCCGGAAGGACCGUUCAUCCCGCAGGAUAAUUAUAUCCAGGGUACAUACAGCAUUGAUCCUGCUGUCUUCGUUGAUGAAGAAGCGGGCGGCGAGGCGUAUCUCUAUGUUGGCGGGAUUUGGGGAGGACAGUUGCAAUGUUGGGUUGAGGGGAAGGAUGAGGAUGGGGGGGAGGGGGAAUGUGUUGAUGGGGAGGGUGCUGGACGGAAGAAGAGACUUGUUUUCGAUGAGAGUAGGUCUGGACCUCAGGAACCUACUGGCGAGGGUGUUAGGGCGCUUUGUCCGCGUGUUGCGCUGUUGAGGGAUGAUAUGCUUUCGCUUGUGUCGUCGAUGAAGGAGGUUGUUAUCCUUGCGCCGGAGACCGGGGAGCCCUUGCUGGCAGAUGAUCAUGAGAGGAGAUUCUUUGAGGCCGCUUGGGUGCAUCGGUAUCAAGGGACGUAUUACUUCUCCUACUCGACUGGUGAUACACAUUUCUUAGCUUAUGCCACGGGAGACUCGCCUUGGGGGCCUUUUACGUAUCAGGGACGCAUUCUGGAUCCCGUGCUUGGAUGGACGACGCAUCAUUCGAUUGUUGAGUUCCAGGGGAAAUGGUACUUGUUUUAUCAUGACUGUGAGCUUUCUGAGGGGAUCGAUCAUUUGAGGUCGGUUAAGGUGAGGGAGAUUGUUUAUGAUGAUGAAGGGGCUAUUCAUCUUGCUGAGGAACAGACUCCUGUGUAA